GUUACCGCGGCGCGGGGCGGGGGGCGCUGCGUGUCGCCGGCCGCGGGAGCAGCUUUGCGCCCCGCCGCCGCCCCGCUCCCCCGCCACCGCGGCCGCGGGGACCGGCGCCACGCCCGAGGCCUCCGGGGUCCCGCUCCCGACCGGCCGGGGUCCCCCGGGGGUGACGCCGCGCCUCGGGCGCCCUCUGGCGGCCGCCGGCUGACUCGCACCUCCGCGGGCCCCGCGGGCCGGACCAUGGGGCCCCCCGGCCGGGAAGCCUGGGCCCAGCGCCUGGCCGCCUUCCGCGCCAGCCCGGCCGCCUUCCUGGCGGGACCCGACGGCGAGGACCUGGGCCGGGCCCUGCUGGACGACCUGCGGAGUGAGAGGCCGAGCGAGCCGACCAAGGUCUCCCUGCUGGCCCUGAGCUUGGAGUUCGCCGCCCAGCUGUGGCCCGACGCCCCGGCGGCAGAGGCAGCCGCCACCUGUCUGCUGGACACCCUGCUGCUUCUGCCCCCGCGGCCCUCGGCCCUGCGCCGGCCGCUGCUGCUGGCGGCCACCACGGUGCUGGUGACGGGAGGCGCGCUGUCCCCCAGCUCGGCGGCCGCCCGCCGCCUGCUGCCGCUGCUGCUGGACUUGGCCGCCGGCCGCGACCCGGGCCGCGGCUUCGGCCCCGCGUCCGAGCAGCGCCCCCUGCAGGCCACGGCGUGCGAGUGCCUGCGGGAGCUGGAGAGCUGCCGGCCCGGGCUGCUGGGGGGCUGCGUGGGGCUGCUGCGGGGCGUGCUGGCGCGGGAGGGCCCGGUGCAGCCGCUCGGCCUGCUGCUGGCCCUGGCCCUGCGCCACGCCUCGGGGAGCCCCACCGGAGCCAGGGCCGCCCUGCGCAGCCUGCUGACCGCCGCAGAGCUGCCCCCCGGGCCCGCCCCCUGCCGCUGGACACUCGAGGAAGAGGACACCGGCCGCCUCCGGCCGCACGCUUCCAGCUGGCCUGAUGCCCAGGCAGGGCCGUGUGGCCUGGUGGCCUUGGAGCCCAGCCCUCAGGAGGCCCGGGAGCUGCGGGCGCUGGUCACCCAGCUGCUGGACGCCUCCUACUUGCUGGCCCCCGCCGCCCAGGCCCAGCUCCUGUGGCUGCUGGGCUGGGCCCUGCGUGGCCUCCCGGGCCCGCCGCCCGCGCUCUUCAAGCCGCAGCUGGUCCGCCUGCUGGGCACCGCGCAGGUGACGCUGCUCCACGCCGUGCUGGGGCUCAAGGCGGCCUUCGGGGAGGCGCUCUUCACAGCCCAGGACGAGGCCCUGCUGCUCCGCAGGUUGGCCCUGGCCGCCCAGCACCCCGCCCUGCCCUUGCCCUCGCAGCUCUUCUACCUGCACUGCCUCCUGCGCUUCCCUGAGAACUGCCCACUGGGCCCCGCUGCUAAGGAGGCCCGGCCGCCGCUGCUGCUGUCCGCCCCCCUGUGCCGGGGCCUGCUGCCCAGCCUGCUGCAGGAGCCCCCCGUCCUCCUGGCCCGCCUGCGCCUGCUCUGCCUGCUGUGCGCCGAGGGUGACGGGGAGGAGCCCGGCCCGAGCCCCCUGCGCUACCUGGAGAUGCUGCUGGCCGGCCUGCGCCAGAGGGCGGCCCUGGACGGGGCCCCUCGGGCCUCAGCUGCGCUCUGCUUCCAGGCCUCCUACCUGGCGGCCGGCGGCUUGGCCGGACAGUCCCCCACGCUGUCCACCUUGACCCACGGGCUGGCCUGGCUGUACCGCACCCGGCCGGCGCUGGCCCCCCACUUUGUGGACCUCUUGAACAAGGUGGGCCCCGAGCUGGGGCCACCCCUCAGGGGGGUGCUGCGGCAGGAGGUGCUGAGCCAGCCUGGCGGCGGGGAGACCCUCCGCUGGCACCUGCAGAUGCUGGCGGAGGUGGUGACCGCGGAGGCCCAGGGCGCCAUCCUGCAAUUCCUGCGGGCGGCCGCCCCCCACUGCGCCGACUGGGGCCUCCAGCAGGCGCUGCUGAGGGUCUGCCGGGUCCUGCUGCGUGGCGGCGUCGGGGGCGGGGGCCUGGCCGACCUGCUGCAGGUGCUGGCCUCCCAGCUGGGGGACCCUGAUGCCCGGGACCAUGCCCGCCUCUACUACAUGCUGCUGGCCCACCUGGCGGCCCCCAGGCUGGCCUCGGCCCUGGCGCCCUCACUGGCCGCCCCAGCGCUGACCUCGUCGCUGGUAGCGGAGAACCAGGGCUUCACCGCGUCCCUGAUGAUCCAGGAGGCCCCGGCGCCGCUGCGGCUGAGCGUGGGGCCUCGCAGGGCCGGGGGCCCCACACCCGCGCUGCAGCUGCUGGUGGAGGCGCUGGAGCCCGCCUUCUCCCUGGAGCUGCGCUUCAGCGCCCCGGGCCAACUCUACGGCCCCCUGCGGGCCCUGCACGUGCCCUGCCUGCACCCCGGCCGCCCUGCCGGUCCCCUGCACCUCCCCCUGCAGCCCCGCCGGCCUGCGCCCGCCAGCCUGGACGUGCAGGCCCUCUACACCACACCGUCCGGCCACACGCGCCACGCCUGCCUGCCUCCCCUGCCGGUGGGCCUGGCUGACCUCUUCCUGCCUUUCCCGCAGCCCCCUGAUGGCUCAGGACCCCGCUUCUUUGAGGAGCUCUGGGACGCCUGCCUGCCCGGGGGCGCCGAGAGCCGCCUGUGGUGCCCGCUAGGGUCACAAGGGCUGGACGCCUGGGUGGGCUGCCACCUGCAGCCAUUUGUGGUGGCAGCCCGGCCCCCCACCAGCUACCACGUGGCCAUCCGCCUGCCCCCCGACUCCAGGCUGCUGCUGCGGCUGGAGGCUGCCCAGACUGAGGGGGUGCCGGUGGCCCUGCGGACCGACAACUGGGCCGUGCUGCCCCUGGCUGGAGACUAUCUCCGGGGUCUGUCGCCUGCGGCCUGAGUCGCUGGACAGCGGGGGUUGGGGUCUUCCAGCAGAGCUGUGAGGGCUCCGUACUUCCUUCCUUAAAGUUUUUCUGCUCACCA